CUGAGGUUACAAAAGCAUUCGAAAAUUUUUGUAAGCCAAAAAGGAACGAAGUUUAUGAAAGUUUUGUAUUUCAUAAUCGCAGCCAAACACUUGGCGAGCCAUUUGACAACUUUUUAAUGGAUUUGAAAAGAAUAGUACGAAGGUGUGGUUUCGACAAUGAGGAUCGAAUGGUUCGUGACCGUAUUGUAUUAGGUACAAAUGACAAGAGAUUGCAGAAGAAAUUGCUGGAUACACAUGAGUUAACAAUGGAGAUGGCGGUAGAUUUAGCACGUUCAGCGGAGCUUUCAAAUCAACAGGUAGCACGUAUGCAAGGCAGUAGUGAGGUGGUAGAUUUGGUACGAAAGAAUCCGGGCAAGGGUGGCACUGAAGCGCAAAGAAGUGAACCAAAUCACCAUAAAGAAUGUAAAAAGGGAAACAUUAACUGUAAGUUUUGCGGUAGAACACAUUUAAGAGGUAAAUGCCCAGCCUUUGGGAAGUUUUGUAACAACUGUAGAGGAACAAAUCAUUUCGCGAGCGUAUGCAAAAAGAAAUCGGUCAAGGAAAUAAAACUAGAAAAUAAGAAUGAAAAUGAAACUUAUUUAUAUUUAGAUACAAUUAAAAGU